AUGUGUGAUCCAACAGCAAUGAGAUCUUCUCCCCAGCAUGUGCUGAAGGGAAAGACUACACCCCAAGCUACAAAACAAAUUUCAGGAUUUGACGCCUGUCGAAGGCAGAUUGAAGUUACUCUGCUUCUCAUGGCAAUCUGCUAUAGCGUCAUGGUGUCCCUGAAUAUACCAAUCGCUCCUAAUGCUGAGUUAUGUCCCGAGAAUGAAGUCAGUUGUGAACGCCCUGAUCUUGUUGCCUACAAAAUUACUUCUUUCAUUGUCAUGUCCUACAUGGGAACAAUGGGCGUUCGAAACUGGUAUUUUUCCAAAGAAGUCCAUGAUGCGUCAAAAGGAACGCCAGAAGACCGGCUUUUUGGAUAUCUCAAGGCAGCAAAUAAUCAAAAUGUUGCAAACUUAAGCUACCAAAUAUGGGAUCUGUGCGUCAGCGUGUACAUUCCAGAGCAUCGAGAGCCAGUCUUCCUGGUGCAUCACUUUCUGGCUGGCAUGACAGCUUUCUGUUCCUUGGAAUUUCAAAUGGUACCAUACUACUCUGUAUUCUAUGCAGGAUGCUCUGAAUUUUCGAGUAUAUUCUUGGUUUGGGCUGAUCUCAAAGACUUCAUUCCAGUCAAGGAGGGGUCGCCCUUGGAUACAUUUAUAUUUGCCUGUGGUGCCUUGUUCUCUAUUACAUUCUUCUGUUUCCGAAUCAUUGGCUGGAUUGGAUAUUCAUUUCCUUUGUGGAAGGAUGUUAUACAUGUCACAAAGACCGGAUCAGCGGCAAAGCAUAGGCCUGGAAAAGAGAGAUUCUUGUACUUCUUUUUGACUUUGGACGUCAUGUUGGGAGUAUUGCAGUUGUACUGGUUUCGGGAAAUUGUGCAAAUGACAAUGGGGGCCCUCGGAUAA